AUGAUUGGAGGUGCAUUUCCGCUUGGAUUUUCAGUUUGCGCAAUUAUCGGAUUAACAAUUAAUAUUAUUUUUGGAUGUACUUUUGUUCAUUACAUCAUGCACAAUGUUUUCUUUGGAAUUUUGGCAGCAGCGCUAUGCAAAGUUAAUAGAAAAAAGAAAAUAAAAUUAAAUAAAACAAAAAACAUUACAAAAUUCAUUUUAGUUGCAAUAAUUCCGCUAUUUUACUACGUUAGUACUUAUAUAUUCCCAGAUAAAGGACAUAUCAAUAAAUAUUGCGAAGAUGAAAUGUUUUUAGAAGUUUCUUUGAUAGCAUCGUUUUCGAAAGGAGAAAAUAAAUGGCGUGGAUUUAUAAGAGGAGUUCGAAACCCCUUAAUCUCGAAUACUUUACUUUGGUCAGAAUUUAUUCCUCCAUUUUAUUGCGGACUUUUGAAGAGUGCAGGAAUGGCAAUUACCAAAACAGUUACGUUCACAACAUUCCUUUUCCUCGUAUCUUUGUUUUAUUUGCAAUAUUCGCUUACAUAUCGAUUUACAAAGUCAGAAUUUGCAGCAAUCUUAGCAACGCCUGCUGUUUUAUUUGCAGGUGGAUUCCAUUUCUAUGAUGCAAUUGCUCAAUGGCAGAAUCAAAGCAAAGGUUUCGAUUUUAUUAGUAGUUUUGGCGGUCCAGAUAAUAUUACAUGGGGACAUCCUUUCAUGGGUGCAUUUCUGGCAUCAAGAGUCAAUUUACUUUCAUCAACUUUAGCUAUUUUAGCUUACAUUUUCGCUUUACUAAAUUUCGAAACUUUCGGAGGUAUUCUUGUCGUAAUUAUACAGAUUGUCCGACCACAAAACGGUUUCUUUGCGGCUCUAACGUUUGUUCUUAUCAAAAUUGAGAAAAUACAAGAAAGAGUAGUAUUUUUCGCACUUAACGCAUUGCUUCUUUUCAUACAAGGCCUAAGACCAAAAAUUAUUACCCCUCUUUGGAAUACAGGAUAUACGAAAUUUUCAAUUUUCCCACCUUUUGCAUUUUUCAUAAGCAUUUUUGGUGUUUUCAACAUUGGAAUGCUUUUGUCUCUUGUUGUUCAUAAUUAUUAUGAGUUUACGAUCUGUUGUUUUCUUAUUUUGAUCAAUUGUUACUUCAAUUUCCAGAAUUUAGCUAGAUACAACUUUGCAACAACAGUUUCUGUAAUUUAUCCACUUGUGAUUUCGAUUUCUUAUGUUGGGUUUUUGUAUUUACCAAAGAAAUUUAAGAACAUUCAAAUGAAAGGCUUUCUUUACGGAUUAUUAUUAGUAAUUACAAUCGUUGGAAGCUCAUCAGCAUUAUUCGGUAUCUAUUUUAACUAUCAACGGUCAAAUUUAAUUUAUGAAGAUGAUGAAACAGAACUUGAAGAAUGGUUCUUAGCAAACUCAUCGAGAACAGACCACAUACUUGUUGAUCCAACAAUUAAUUGGUUUUCUGGAGUUUCUCGCGCAGGAAGAUCAAUUUAUUACACAAAGUUAUCUAGUUUAACAUUUUUGAGCACGAAAUUAGAUAAUAGAUUUAGUGAGAUAGAAGAAUUCCUCAAAACAAAAUAUCAUGUUGGCGAUGUAAAGUAUAUUGUUUAUAAAGGUGGAAGUGCGUGGGAAAAAUCACUUUCAAACGACUUCCAUAAGUAUUUCAAGCUCGAAUGGCAAAAUGAUGCCUAUAAUAUUUUAAGUUAUUUGAAUUAA